AUGUUCAAAAAACGAACCCGAACGGCCAACCCGCGAGUCAAGGAGGACUAUUCGACACCACCACCACCCCGACCGACAUCAUCAUCAACAGCAAUAGCAGCAAUAGAAGGAGAGUCAGGGUUAACGGCCGCAGAUACUGAGAAUAGACCCGUCGAAGAUGAAGAGGACGAAGCACCUACCGGCACCCUCCAAGAAAUCCUUCUCCUCCGCCGCCUAACCCAAUCCAAAUCCCGGACGUCCGGUAUAGACCUCGUCCGCUUGAACAAGGGGGAAGAGAAAAAGAAACGCCGCAAGAAGCCUUCUGGUCAGCGGAAAGACGGCGAUGACCAAGGCGGGGAAGAGGAAGGAGAAGAGGGAGAGGGAAAUGGAGGAGAGACUUAUGGGUUGAAGCAGAGUCGGGCUGGGAGAGGGGAGGGAGGAGGAGGGGAGGGGGAAGACGCCGAAAACGACGACGCCUCCAAAGCCCGUCGACUCGUCCGAUCGAACAAUUUCACUCAACAGACCAACGCGUUGGACGUUGAUAAACACAUGAUGGCGUAUAUCGAAGCGGAACUCGCUAAACGUCGUCAAGGCCCCACCACCACCACCCCCAACCCCAACCCGGACACCUCCAACUCCAACAAGCCGGAGGUCGACCCACAAGAAGAACUAUACGCCAUCGCCGAAAAGUACCGGCUCGAAAAGUACAAGCCCAAUAAAUCUCGCGGCGGGGUAGAUGAUGAAGAGGGUGGGAACGUGACGACGAGUUUGGGGAUGUUGACUAGUAUCCCCGAGGUGGAUUUGGGUAUGGACAUCCGACUGAAAAACAUCGAAGAGACCGAACGUGCCAAACGGGCCAUGAUGGAGAACCGGAAUCGGAACCGCGGCCAAGGACAGAAGCGUAACGAGGCCGACGAGAGUUUCGCUGCGGCGCGGUUCUACCGACCACACCACACCAUCCAAUCCGAUGCCGAAGCCCUGGAAGACGCCAAGAGGGAAGCCGCCGGCUUACCCCCCUUGAACCGGGGUAAUAACAGGCAGAGGGAUCGGAACGAGACGGCGACGGAUGAUCAGGUUUAUGAGCGGUUCAAGAAGAGGUGA